GUGCACCUUAGAGGACACUCUAGGACGAGGGCGGGCGUUUUCAUCAGACUCCAGUGAACCUCAGAGUGCGCUCUCGCGCAUCGAAGAAGUAACAUGGAAGAAAUGAAGAGAUGGACGUGGAUUGCCUUCCUCGUAGUCCUUGUACUGCCAUCUGUUCUGGCUCGUAAUGCGUUCUCGGGACCUGACGGAACCUGUUCAGCAGCAGACCCAUGUCCUAACAAUUUGUGCUGCAGCGAGUACGGCUAUUGUGGAAGUGAAGACACUUAUUGCUGUGCAGGAUGUCAAGAUAAUUGCCACUGUUCCACACCCGUGCCACCCUCGGCACCACCACCUCCUCCUGCACCACCACUUCCGCCUGGAGCGAAAUGCUCUACUGCAGCUUACUGGGGUCAGAAUGGUAACGAGGGAACUCUUCGAGAAGCAUGUUCAUCUGGCCGCUAUGGCAUCGUCCUGAUUUCCUUCUUGACUCAUUUUGGCUACAACGGCGACCACAGAUUGAACCUUGCAGGCCACUGUCCCGAUAUUGACGGCAGUGGCUGCAAGCAGUUGGAGAGUGAAGUUGCUGAAUGCCAGAGACUGAACGUGAAAGUGCUGCUUUCGCUUGGAGGAAGUGGCGAUGCUUAUUAUGGAUUCAAUACCCUAGCAGAAGCUGAAUACACUGCGGAUUAUCUGUGGAACAAUUUCUUCGGUGGCAGCUCCAGCAGUAGCCCAUUUGGAAAGGUCGCGUUGGAUGGAAUCGAUCUCGACAUAGAGUCUGGAGGAUCCAGUUACUAUCCGGAUCUGAUUCGAAAGCUCCUUGCAGUCUCGGAAGAGAACAACUAUGGUAAAAAGGUUUACAUAACCGCUGCUCCUCAGUGUCCCAAGCCAGACAACUACUUGGGACCCAAUGGAGAAAAGACGGCUCUGGGAACCGGGCUAGUCGACUACGUCUUCGUGCAGUUCUACAACAACUACUGCGACUAUCGAGAUUUACCUACAAUGUUAGAUGUGUGGAAGCAAUGGACCAGUGACAGCGCUCUCAGUAACGCAAAGAUAUUCCUUGGUCUUCCAGCAGCAGUGGGGGCCGCUGGUUCCGGAUAUGUGCCACCUGAAGAUCUGCUGAAUAAUGUCCUGCCCCAGAUUCAGGUCGACCCUCGCUACGGUGGUGUGAUGCUAUGGAGCGUCUACUAUGAUAACCAGAACAAUUACAGUAAUCAGAUAAGCAACGCUAUCUGUGAGAUUGAGGAUUCCACAGUUCAGACUUUGGCCACGGAGUGAUGUCCAGAAUUCAGGGACUGCAACUCUGGGCACAUCCAAGUUGCUAAGGCGUACCUUAGUCCGUUUGGGAAUAAUGUUGUGGCUUGCUGAUCGCUCUGAUUAGUUUUUUUCUAGGGGCCAUUUGACUGUGAAGAGCUUGGCCAACAAUGGUCAUGCAGCUUUUUGUGUUUGAAAGGUUACCAGAAGCUAAUACUAUGCUCUAAUGGUCAUGCAG